CAGAGCUCAAAGUUGGCUAGAUUCAUUUCCAUACAAUCACUUCACAACUUGGGACUAGCUUCAUGGAGAAUUUCUCAAGCGAUUCUUUCCGCCUUCCAAAACAGCAAAAAUCAGGCGGAUGAUACAAAAUUUCAAGCACAAUCCAAACGAGCCCCUUUACGAGGCUUGGGAGAGAUUCAAAGAUCUUCAAAGGCAAUGCGCACAUCACAAUAUCCAGUCCUGGAACCUAAUGACAGCUUUCUAUGAAGGUCUAAAUGAAAACUCACGGAUAUUGUUGGAUGCCUCAGUGGGCGGAUCAUUCAUGAGCCUUGAACUUGACGAAGCUGAAGAACUCAUUGAGCGGAUCUCAACAAACGGAUCCACCUGGUACUCUGAUCGUCCAUCCGCUCAACCGAAAAUUGGAGGCAUGUACGAAGUUGAUCAAAUGUCGGCCAUGGCUGCUAAGGUCGUUAGCAUGAUGAGCAUGAUCCAAAAGAUUGCUCAAGUCUCUGCUGUGCAAAACACUAUGCCAACACUGCCUCCUGUUCCAGUUCUCUCGUGUGUAUCCUGUGGUGGACAACAUGAUCAAUCUUCAUGUCCAUGGGAUGCAAUGGAGCAAGUUAAUAAUGUCAACUACAAUCAGCUGCAGCAACAACAAAAUCCAUUUGGUGGAUUUAAUUCUCAAAACAGAAAUCAUCCUGGUUUCUCAUGGAGCAAUCCCAGUGGAGCUGCCAAUCCACAAGCUUAUCGGAGUUCACCACCCGGAUUUCAAAAUCCGUAGCAACAACAAUUUAGAGGUGGCCAAGGUUUUGCUAACAAUCAAAAAUUUAAGCAAAACCAAAGCUUCCCCUAUGUUUCCAAUCAACAAAAGCCGAUUCUGCCAACUCCCGAAACAACAUCAGUUCCCAGAUUAGACAACAUCGUUGGUCAACUUCUCAAAUCUCAAUUGGCCCAAGCUGAAACUUUGAAGCAGAUAACAGAAGAGCUCACUCAACUUCGAGCUCACAAUAGGAUGCUUGAGAAUCAAAUUUCUAGUCAAGCAUCAACAUCCUCAACAAAGGUGACCGGAAAGUUGCCAGCUUGUGCUGGAAACCCAAGAGAGCAAAUGAAUGAAGUUACUAUUU